CUUCGUCAGAUCUCCUUCGCAAUUAUAAAUUCUCCGACGAAGCUUCUUCCAGCAUGGAACGAGAUUCUUCGAGAUCUCCAGCUUCCUCCCCGGAUGCUGCCUCGAGAUGUUCGCACUAGGUGGCACUCAACUGGAGAUAUGAUUCAUCUCUCGCUCAAAUAUCGUGCUGCUGUGGACCGGCUGACCUCAGACAAGACAAACGAUCUGCGACACCUCGAGAUUGACCCAACCGAAUGGACAAUGGCU